AUGAAAGUCGAGGUCAAACAUUGGCACGCAGUGGCUCAAUGGCGUUGGGACACUGGCGUGUCUUCUGAUGACACAAACAAAGGUGACGAUGAUGAAGGAGAUGUUUGUGGAAUCUGUCGCGUUCCGUAUGAAGGAUGUUGCCCAGCGUGUAAGGUUCCAGGAGAUGAUUGCCCGUUAAUCUGGGGUGAAUGCUCGCAUGUAUUCCAUAUGCAUUGUCUUCUCAAGUGGAUAGGGACGGCUGCAUCAAAGCAACAAUGCCCUAUGGAUAGACGACCAUGGGGUGAGUAA